CCAGGACUGAGCACAAAAGCUCGAGAACUCGGGACGGUGAAGGCCAUUGUGUCUCGCAUAUCGCUUGGCCAGACCAACACCUAAACGUAGCCGCCAAGGAAGGGGCAAUCAACGCAUAUACACACACGUUUCGGGGUCGAAGGUGAUCUGAACUUUGUCACGCUGCCAACCGCGGCCGGAGGCGAAAUUGGCACUGAAAAAUGUUGCAGAGCAAGUCAUUCGUCAGGAAGACGAAGCAAGGCAAAGUAGUCAAGGUCGUUAGAGAGCACUAUUUGAGGGACGAUAUCUACUGCGGAGCGCCUAUCUGCAAAUUCUGCGAUUCUAAAGCUGCUCGAUUGAGCUCCGACCUCUCCACCAUUCUUAUUGUUGACACCAAUGUUGUUCUUAAUCAGAUUGACUUACUGGAGAAUCCGGUAAUAGAUGACGUCGUCAUAUUAUCGGUGGUGCUGGAUGAGGUCAAGAACAAGAAUCUCUCUGUUUAUAAUAGAAUAAGAGCCCUAUGCAGCAACUCUCUGAGGAAGUUCUUCGUCUUCUCUAAUGAAUACCACAAGGAUACAUAUGUGAAAGCCAUGGUUGGUGAAAGUCCAAAUGAUCGGAAUGACAGAGCUAUUCGGGUGGCAGCUCAGUGGUAUCAGAAUCAUCUUGGUGAUGCAACUAGAGUUUUAUUAAUCACAAAUGACAGGGAGAAUAAGAGGAAGGCAACUGAAGAGGGCAUUAUUGCAGAGACAGUUGAAUCAUAUGUAAAAUCACUUGGCCAACCUGGAUUGCUUGAUCUGCUUGUUCAUCCUUCUUCGGAAGAUGUAGGCAUGGAGGAUGUUGAAGAUCCAAGACCUUCAAAGAGGAAAAUCAUUUAUACUGAGCAUAAGCCCAUGUCAGAGAUUACUGCUGGCUUGCAUCGUGGGAUUUACCAUCAAGGAAAACUUCGUGUCAAUCGUUUCAAUCCAUUUGAGGCAUAUGUAGGAAGUGAGAGUAUUGGUGAUGAAAUAGUUAUCUACGGACGCACAAAUAUGAAUAGGGCUUUUGAUGGUGAUGUAGUGGCAGUUGAGCUCUUGCCUCAAGAUCAAUGGUGUGAAGAGAAAUCUAUGUCCAUAGCUGAUGAAGAGGAUGACAAUGAAGAAGAUGUUCAUCUAGUUCCAAACAGUGCUGAUGAUGCUCCUAGAGUUACCAAUGUUGUAGCACAGGGUUCUGCAAGAGAUGCAAAAGCAGUAUCUUCUCGUCCAUCUGGCCGUGUUGUUGGUAUCAUAAAACGGAACUGGCACUCAUAUUGUGGAUCUUUGGAGCCAAUGCCUAUGCCUGCAGGCACUGGUGGUGUUGCUCAUGCUUUAUUUGUCUCCAAAGAUCGUAGAAUCCCAAAGAUUCGGAUACAAACCCGACAACUUGGAAAUCUUCUAGAUAAAAGAAUUAUUGUUGCUGUUGAUUCCUGGGAUUGUUUAUCUCGAUAUCCUUCUGGUCACUAUGUGAGAACAAUAGGAGAAAUAGGUGACAGGGAUACUGAAAGUGAGGUAGUGUUGAUAGAAAAUGACAUAGAUGCCAGGCCAUUUUCUUCUCAAGUUUUGGCAUGCUUGCCGCCAUUACCUUGGUCUGUAUCUUCUGCUGAUUUGGCAAAUUCCAUCAGGCAAGAUUUACGUCAUUUGUGUGUCUUUAGUGUUGAUCCUCCAGGGUGCAAGGAUAUUGAUGAUGCAUUGCACUGUACAGCUCUUCCAGAUGGAAAUUUUGAAGUGGGAGUUCAUAUUGCUGAUGUUACAAAUUUUGUGCACCCGGGAACACCCCUAGAUGAUGAGGCUGCACAAAGGGGCACAUCAGUGUACCUUGUUGAGCGACGGAUUGAUAUGCUUCCUAAACCUCUUACGGAAGAUAUUUGUUCUCUUCGAUCUGAUGUGGAGAGACUAGCAUUUUCUGUUAUUUGGGAAAUGACACCUGAAGCUGAAAUUAUUUCCACAAGAUACACAAAAAGUGUCAUCAAGUCAUGUGCUGCAUUGUCUUAUGUUGAAGCACAAGCAAGGAUGGAUGAUAGUCGCUUGAUGGAUCCAUUAACUACAGAUUUAAGAAAUAUGAAUGCUUUAGCAAAGGUAAUGAGGCAGAGACGGAUUGAUAGAGGGGCCCUGACUCUUGCCUCGGCUGAAGUGAAAUUUCAAAUUGACACUGAAACUCAUGACCCUCUUGAUAUUGGAAUGUAUCAAAUUCGAGAAGCAAACCAGAUGGUUGAGGAGUUUAUGCUUGCUGCUAAUGUUUCAGUUGCAGAAAAAAUCCUGAAACAUUUCCCACCGUGUUCAUUGCUUAGGCGCCAUCCCAGUCCAACCAAAGAGAUGCUUGAACCUUUGAUACGUACAGCUGCUGCUGUUGGUCUCAAUUUGGAUGUGUCGACAUCCAAAGCAUUGGCAGAUUCACUUGAUCAUGCCGUGGGUGAUGAUCCGUACUUCAAUAAGCUGAUUCGUAUCCUGGCUACACGUUGCAUGACACAGGCUGUUUACUUCUGUAGCGGAGAUCUUAGUCCUCCAGAGUUUUAUCAUUAUGGUCUUGCAACCCCUCUCUAUACACACUUUACCUCUCCUAUUAGGAGAUAUGCAGAUGUUGUUGUACACCGAUUGCUUGCUGCAUCUUUGGGCAUAUACAAACUUCCUGGCAUAUUUCAAGAUAGACCCCAACUUACUAGUGUUUCAGACAAUUUAAAUUAUCGGCAUCGGAAUGCUCAGAUGGCAAGCCGGGCCUCAGUGGAGCUUCAUACUCUCAUCUAUUUCAAGAAACGGCCCACAGACACGGAGGCAAGAAUAGUAAAAAUAAGGUCAAAUGGCUUCAUUGUUUUUGUGCCCAAGUAUGGUAUUGAAGGGCCUGUCUACUUGACGUCAAGAGGAGGAAAGGGAAGUGGAGAAUGGGUGGUAGACGAGCAGGAACAGAAGGUCAAGAAGAAUGAUGGUAGCAUUUCGUAUGGUGUUCUUCAGACAGUUAGGAUCCAUAUGGAGGUUGUUGAGCCUCAACCCAACCGGCCAAAGCUCCAACUCACCCUCAUCUAAAAGUUAGUUUAACUUGUUCUUUGGAAUUCACAGUAUAUGUAAUUUAGACCAAACCAAUACACAAACAAAUUUUAUGCGAUCUCACUUUCUAUGUUACAUGGAGAGUAAUAGCCGAGGACUUGGGUGUUACCAUAGGGUGGAA